AUGUAUCUCAAGAAGCUGCUCACGUCGGCUGCAGCCCUAAGCGGCACCGUCUUUGCGCAGAGCCAGGCCGGGGUCGACCCCCUCGACAAGCCUGGCAAUGAUCUCUACGUAAAAGACCUUUCCAAGUGUCCUGGAUACAAGGCGACCAACCACCGGCACACCCGGUCCGGGUUCUACGCGGACCUGUCUCUCGCUGGCCAGGCCUGCAAUGUGUAUGGCACUGAUCUGCCGGAGCUGAAGCUGGAAGUCGAGUACCAGACCGACAACCGCCUGCACGUCAAGAUCCUGGACACCAACAACACCGUCUACCAAGUCCCAGACAGCGUGUUUCCGCGCCCUGGCUUCGGGCAGUGGUGCUCGCCAAAGGACAGCAAGCUCAAGUUCGACUUCAAGGCCGACCCGUUCUCGUUCACGGUCUCUCGCACAGACACUGGCGAAGUCCUCUUCGACACCACCGGCACCAAGCUCGUCUUUGAGAGCCAGUAUGUCUACCUCAAGACACACCUCCCCCAGAACCCGCACCUGUACGGACUGGGCGAGCACAGCGACUCGUUCAUGCUGAACACGACCAACUACACCCGCACAAUCUACACCCGCGAUUCCUACGGAACACCCCCAGGCGAGAACCUGUACGGUGCGCAUCCCAUCUACUUCGAGCACAGACAGAACGGCACGCACGGGGUGUUCCUGCUCAACUCCAAUGGAAUGGACGUUUACAUCGACAACAAGGGCGGCCAGUACCUCGAGUACAACAUCCUCGGCGGCGUGCUCGACUUCUACUUCAUCGCCGGUCCCUCCCCGCGCGAUGUCGCCGUCCAGUAUGCGGAAAUCACCCAGACCCCGUUGAUGACGCCCUACUGGGGCCUGGGAUACCACCAGUGCAAGUACGGCUACCAGGAUGUCUACGAGGUUGCCGCCGUCGUGGCCAACUACUCCACCAACGACAUCCCUCUCGAAACAAUGUGGACGGAUAUCGACUACAUGGACCGCCGGCGCAUCUUCACCAUCGACCCAGAGCGGUUCCCAGCCGAUCUCUACAAGGACCUCGUGGACACCAUCCACGCCAGAGACCAGCGCUACAUCGUCAUGGUCGAUCCGGCCGUGUUCUACAAGGAACCCAACCCGGCUCUGGAAGCAGGCCUCGCGUACGACACUUUCAUGCGCGACAACAAGAGCGCAAUCUACCAGGGCGUUGUCUGGGCCGGGCCCAGUUACUUCCCUGACUGGUUCCACCCGUCUGCGCAGGAGUACUGGACGGAGCAGUUCCUGGAAUUCUUCGACGGCGAGCACGGUCCGGACAUUGAUGCCCUGUGGAUCGACAUGAACGAGCCUGCAAACUUCUAUAACCGUCCUUAUCCUGGUAACAACACCACGCCGGAGGACUUUGCCGAGGUGGACGGCGACCCUCCUACUCCGCCUCCUGUUAGAGAGGGACCUGACGCCCCUAUCCCGGGCUUCCCAGCCAGUCUGCAGCCAAACUUCCCUUCCAGCGGGGAAACAACCAAGCGCUCGUCUUCAUCAUCUCUGGUCCCUCGCUCACAAACCCCCCGCAACCUCGGCUCCGGCCACUGGCGCCACCCCAGCCACCACGACUCCAAAGCCGGCUGGCAGCACGGGCACAAUACCGGCUCCGGCUGCGGCCCCAACGAAUGCAAGGGCCUCCCGCACCGCGAGUUCAUCAGACCCCCGUACAUGAUCCAGAACGGCGCGGGGCCUACCCUCGCCGACGGCACGGCGGACACGGACGUAGUCCAGAGCGGCGGGUACGUGCAGUACGACACGCACAACCUGUACGGGGCGAUGAUGUCGUCGCACUCGCACAAUGCGAUGCGGGCGAGACGGCCGGAUGACAGGGCGCUUGUUAUUACGCGCAGUACGUUUGCGGGUUCUGGGAGGGAUGUUUCGCAUUGGCUUGGAGAUAACGAGUCCGGAUGGCUGUGGUAUCGUCUCUCGAUCAGCCAGAUCCUGCAGUUCGCGUCGCUGUACCAGAUUCCUGUCGUGGGGCCUGAUGUCUGUGGCUUUGGUGGGAAUACAACGGAGACGUUGUGUGCUAGAUGGGCAACCCUCGGCUCGUUCUACACCUUCUUCCGCAACCACGCCGAAAUCACCUCUGCCGGCCAGGAAUUCUACCGCUGGCCCACCGUAGCCCAGGCUGCCCGAAAUGGAAUUGCCAUUCGAUACCAGCUGCUCGACUACAUCUACACCGCAAUCUACAAGCAAAACCAAACGGGCACACCAACCCUAAACCCGCUAUUCUUCAACUACCCCUCCGACAGCAACACCUACGCCGUCGACAUGCAAUUCUUCUACGGCGACGGUAUCCUCGUCUCGCCCGUGACCGAAGAAAACAGCACAAGCGUCACCCUGUACCUCCCCGACGACAUCUUCUACGUCUGGGGCAGCGGGAAGCCCGUCCGCGGCCGCGGCGAGUACAUCACGCUCGACGACGUCGAUUACACCGAUAUCACCGUGCACUACAAGGGCGGGAUCAUCUACCCGCAGCGCGUGGAGAGCGCGAACACAACGACGGCGCUGCGGAAGAAGGGGUUUAAUCUUGUGGUUGCGCCGGGGCUUGAUGGGGAGGCUAAGGGGUCGUUGUAUCUGGAUGAUGGGGAGAGUCUUGUGCAGGAUCGGGUUAGUGAGAUUGGUUUUGCGUAUAAGGGGGGCAAGUUGAGUAUGAAGGGGAGCUUUGAGUUUGAGGCUGGGGUGGGGAUUGAGGUUGUUACUUUGCUUGGGGUGGAUAGGCCCGAGAAGGUUGGGGAUGGGGUUGAGUAUGAUGAGGAGAAUAGGAAGUUGGUGGUUCAGGUUGAUGUGCCUUUGACGAGGGAGUGGGAGAAGACGGUUGUUUGA